AUGGCUUCACAUCCGUACAGCCUUCGAAGUAGGCUCAAUACCCAAACUCCCUCCUUACGCACAACACCUACCGGCUCCCCCUCCAUCCCAAAACUCGGGACAGCCUCUCCCCGUAAACCGCGGCCGUCGGACAUCACCAUACAACUGCACAAGGUGAUAGGGACGACCACAAAUAGUCCCAGUGGGUUAGCAUGUUGUCCGGCCACAGAAACCUACGCAUAUUGCGCAGGAGCUGUUGCGGUUCUUGCGAAAGUCGAUUCACAUCAUGGUGCUCCUUCGUACCGUUAUUACAAGGCUCGACCGACAGCACCUUCUAUUCAUCCUCCUACCGCCCACUACGAGGGCUCACCGGCGGCGACGCCCUCGAAGAGAAGGACAACUACAUUCAUGUCUCCAAGAGUACAAGACGAUUACAACAGUGGUUCAUUCGGCCGGGAGUGGCUAGAAGAGUCGGGAGGCCAAACAUGGACCGCCAGGGAGCGUAUCAAAUCCGCAUCCUGCGUCGCUUUGAGUGCAGACGGACGCUGGCUUGCGGUCGGAGAGUCCGGCUACAAUCCUCGUGUGUUGCUGUACUCUACGGUCGAAGAUGCUUCUUGCGAGAUUCCGACCUCCAUCGUCACCGAUCAUGCCUACGGGGUCCGCUGCAUAGCCUUCAGCAGCGACAUGCGAUAUCUAGCGACGCUGGGGAACCUCAACGAUGGGUUUCUGUUUGUGUGGUCACUCAACUCGAAAACAGGUCAGUUGAGCCUGCAUUCUGCCAACAAGUGUACAGCCAAUAUCUGCGACAUGACUUGGUGUGGCAGUAAUGUGAUCACCGUCGGAACAAGGCAUGUCAAAAUCUGGCAGGUGAAAGACCUUGCAAAACAGUCUCCCACCAGAAAGUCGAGAUAUCGGCCGUCCGAGGUUUAUCCUUCGAGUCCUGGACCUUCACCGUUGCAAGGCCGGAACUGUCUGUUGGGAUCCAUGGUGGAUUCGACCUUCUCAUGCGUUACUUCGGUCGAUGACGAAGUUCUUGUCUUGGGCACCGAAACGGGACACCUUUGCUCCGUGGACGUGUCACGAGGGACACCUGAACUCCAGGUCCUGAAGCAGACCAUUUUCUCCAUCACUUCAGUCGCCUUCCUUGGUGCCACGAAACAACUUCUCCUGGGCACAUCACAGGGUCUUUGUUACGAGGACUAUGAGUCGCUGCAGACGCAGGGAAACGAGGAGUCCUGUACGAAUUCGCCGCGGAAGGCCUCUCGACCAUCUUCCAUUCGCCGUUCUCUCGGGUUGGCCCAGCCAACAGGACAGAGUGUUAUGGCGAUUGGCAUUCUUCAGAACCAUACAAUCACACUCGACAACGAUGGAAGCUUGCAGGUCAAGCGACGUGCGGUCGAAGAAAACUCUCAGUUCCACCCCACAUUUGCAGCCCAUAACAGCGUCCUCCAGGGUGUGCAAGCACUUCCCGCCGCGUCGGGCUUGGGGAGCUUCUUCACGUGGUCAAAGAACGGUGAGGUCAAGUUUUGGAAUGCCGAUGGCAUACUAAUGCGGCAGAGGCGCCUAGAUCUGGAGGAGAUAGGCGCAGAUGGCGAGAACUGUCAAAACGAACUCAGCCAGAUACGAUACUCGCCAGCUCGGGGAUCGUUUAUUGCCGGUGACCGAUUUGGGCUGCUCAAAUUGAUCAAAGAAAACGACUGGCGCGCUGUGCGCACGAUUCGGGCGCACAGUUCUGAGAUCACAAGCAUUGCGGUUUCCGACGAGGAUUCACUGGUGGCAACAUGCAGCAGGGAUAGAACAGUGCAACUAUUCCAGCUGGACGUAGACAACAUUGAACUGCUGCAGACCAUGGAUGAUCAUGUUGGGUCUGUCAACCAGGUUCUUUUCGCACAGUCAGGGGCGAAACUGUUGUCCUGUUCUGCGGAUCGGUCAUUGAUGAUCCGCGAGCGCGUAUUCAGGGAGCAAAACGGUAUCCAGGUGGUUGCAUACUUGUCAGCCAAGGUCUUGACUCUCAAGAGUGCUCCCUUGUCAAUGACAAUAUCAGGAGCCCAUAUGCUUGUGGUGGCCACCAUGGAUCGGCGAGUUACCAGAAUCGACUUCUCGACCGGCACUGUGAUGGAAUCGUUCAAAGUGGGCGAUUCCGAGACCGACGACACAGUGUCUCUGAACUCUGUCAUCCACACCGCCAUGCCUGAUGCUACCGAUGCCUUGAGGGGCCUGCUGAUCGGAUAUUGCACUAUGGACAAAUCGAUUCGAGUAUACAACGACCGAAAUCUGAGUUUGCUAGGCAGGGAGUCGGGACAUACCGAAGGGUUGAGCGACAUCGCGGUACUCCAGCAUCCAGGGGACGUUUCUCCGGGCAGACAAUUGACGAUUGUCAGUACUGGGCUGGACGGCACAAUAAUGCUAUGGCGGAUAGUCAAGACCUUGAGUUUGUGGUCCGGCCAAAAUGUCUCGCCAAACCGACAUCAAGCGUUUGGUCUAUUCGGCGAUGAGACGGAAGAUGCAGACACCAAACCGAGUCCUGCAUCUCUUCCGCCGUUACGGAAAGUCUUGACCAAAGUAGAUAUAGCGGAACUGAACAAGGGCAAUCCUGGGUCAUCCUCGACGCCUCGGUCACUAUCACCUGUCAGAUUAAAAAGGAAGACUUCGCGUCUUGCGCUGUCGACCACCAUGGAUGAGGUGGAAGAGACUACGACCAAAGUCGGCGAGGUUAAUGUGGCCAAUAUUGACAAUCUCCUUGUCAACGAGAAGUCGAACCCGCCACCUAGUCCAUCCCCUGCACCUCGAACAGCCUCCAAACCGAGAAAGAAGUCAUCACGGACAGAGCUGAAUCGAGAAUCAGAGUCAAGGAAAGUACGUGGGAUUACAAGAUCGCCAUCGCCUCCCAUGUCGAUGCCGACCACGCCAAAGCAAAGGCAGAAACCGAACAACAGCCGACUCCGGCGGCCACCGUCUGUGCCCACGGAUCUACGGUCUCAAGGGGUCGUCUCCGGUCGACGGAAGAGUAUGAGUCAGACAUCCGACUUUGGCAGUUUGGGUAUGGCCACAGAACAGGCCGGCAGGAUGUUGAGGAUGUAUAGGAAGAAACUGAUCCAUAGUCGCGAGACGGUGGAUCUGGACGAUCUUGAAGACGAAGUGUCUGGACUGUUGAAGGUGAUACGCGAGCGAAAGGACAGAACGCAGCCAACACAAGAACAAACUUCAGUCAAGCAUGACCUGCGAGGAUCUCAACACGCACAUCGCAGAGAUAAAGCGAAAGCGGCCACGGAGAACGAGCUUGAUCAGUUGGCCAUCUUGCUAGGGAAGUCUAGUUUGCUGGCUAAGCCCUCUGAGGAUCGAACACCUUUCAAGAUUUCGGGUGAGGAAGAGGCGGAAUUGACCGGUCGAUGA